CCUCCCUGCGAACGAGAGCAGAAAACUCCCACCGCGUCUCAUCAGAGCAGCCCUGCCGAGCGAUGUAGAGUCUCUUCUGCUCCGAACACCCGCUUUAAACAAAAAAUACUUUCCAUACCGAGAGAGAAGCGCAGAAAAAGAACUUUGCAAAGAUGAUUUCUGCAUGUCUGGAGAUUAUUGGACUCGGCUUGAGCGUCACCGGGACGCUUUUGGUGAUGGUGGCUUGCGGGCUGCCCAUGUGGAAAGUGUCCGCCUUCAUCGAGGGCAACAUCGUGGUGGCUCAAAACAUCUGGGACGGGCUGUGGAUGUCCUGCGUGGUCCAGAGCACUGGUCAGAUGCAGUGUAAAAUGCACGACUCUGUCCUGGCGCUGACCACCGACCUCCAGACCGCUCGGGCUCUGACGGUCAUCUCAGCGGUUUUGGGCGUCCAGGCUCUGAUGAUAACCAUCGCCGGCGCUCAGUGCACCAACUGCAUCAGCAAAGAGUCCAUCAAAGCCAGAGUAGUCAAUGUCGGAGGGGUGAUGUACAUCAUCGCAGGCCUGUUUGUGCUGGUGCCUCUCUGUUGGAUGGCCAAUAACAUCAUCUCGGACUUCUACGACCCUCAAGUGCCUAUGAAGAAGAGAGAAAUUGGAGCCGCGCUCUACAUCGGAUGGGCAGCGUCCGCCAUGCUUCUGGUCGGAGGGGUGAUCCUGUGUUUCUCUCGUCCGCAUGACGAGAAAUCCUCGUAUCCUCUGAAAUACGUACCUCCACCUACUAAAAGCACAUCGCUCAAUGGGGACUACGAUAAACGAAACUAUGUGUGAACCCCAACGUUCAACGAUGGACUAGUGACUAGUGCGCAUACGGACUGUUUAAUGUUUGGCUAGUUUAUCAGUAAUUGGAUUUUUAACUCAAAAACUAGAUUUAAGGUCCAAAGAUAUAUGAAAAUGCAUUUUCAGGUGCUCCGUUUCUUACAGAUGAGUGUGAGAACACGGCAUGUGAAAACUGUUUAAAAUAGUUUUAUAUUUCACGUUCGACUUGGCAAACAUUUUCAUAUCAACUUAUAGACUGUGCUUGAGUAUAUUUUUUGAUUAUAUAACGGUUUGUCAUAGUAAUAAUGAAUUACAUGUACACGGGUAUUUUUGUUUUAGUAAAUGAUAUUGGGGUCAGCGGCCCGCUUGUUCGCAUUUGAUUUUAAUCACUGUGGUUUACGGGGGUCCGCUUUAUGAGAGUGCACUAAUUAGACACGGUCUGUGCAUCAAUAAGACACUGAAUGAUGCCUAUUGUUCCUCCUAUAGACUCCAGGCUGCGGCUCUACACGAGUCUAUACCUCCUGAUUGUACAUAGUUUAGGAAAAUCUGUGCACAUUCGAAGUAAUAAAUAAAGUUUUUUGGUAA